AUGUCAAAGCAGGAAUCGAUAUACUCUGCUGCUAGCGAACCCGAAGCACCAGUGGAAACGCGCCAUUUUGGUACCGCACCAAAAGGUCGCACGGAACGCCGACACCUGAAAAGGACCGUUGCUUUGAAGAAUGGUCAUCUCGUCACCGAUCUCCCGAUUCCACCCAAACUCGUUCUACCAUGGCGAGGAUCCCCAGAGACGUUGUUUACCCGGUAUUCAGCAGUGACUUGUGACCCGGAUGACUUUGCACACAGUGGAUACAGUUUACGGCAGUUUGAAUCGAAGCGGACCACAGAAAUUUUUAUUGUCAUAACAAUGUAUAAUGAAGACGAGGUUCUGUUUUGCAGAACGUUGUAUGGGGUCAUGCGGAACAUAUCUCAGCUGUGUGCACGCAAAAAUUCGAAGACGUGGGGACGUAAUGGAUGGCAAAAAGUUGUCGUUUGCAUAGUGGCGGACGGCAGAAAGAAAAUUCAUCCCAGAGUGCUGGAUUGCCUCACGCUUCUUGGCGUUUACCAGGAGGUUCCUAAAGACAUCACAGGCUUGAGAAAGGGCUUCAAUGUCGAUAUGGUCUCUGCCCACCUUUAUGAAUACACAACAUCCUUUGGCCUUGAUCCCAAUUUGCAUUUCAAGUACCCCGACAAAGGAAUUGUCCCAACCCAAAUUAUUUUCUGUAUGAAGGAAAAAAACCAGAAGAAAAUCAAUAGCCAUAGAUGGUUCUUCAAUGCAUUCGCUCCUCUGUUACAGCCCAAAGUAUGUGUACUGCUGGACGUGGGAACAUGUCCCGGAAGUAACAGCAUUUAUCGUCUGUGGAAAACGUUCGAUCUGAAUUCCAACGUUGGUGGAGCUUGUGGUGAAAUCGCCGCCUUCAAAGGGAAGCGAUGGUCGCUUUUGCUCAAUCCGUUAGUUGCUGCCCAGAACUUUGAAUACAAGAAUAGUUCGAUACUGGAUAAGCCCACGGAAUCCAUGUUCGGAUAUAUUAGCGUCCUGCCUGGCGCGUUCUCUGCGUACCGAUAUUUUGCUCUGCAAAAUGAAAACGGUGUAGGACCUCUAGCUUCAUACUUUAAAGGGGAAGUGUUGCAUGGCCGUGAUACAGACAUCUUCACCUCUAACAUGUACCUCGCCGAAGACCGUAUCCUUUGCUUCGAGCUCGUGGCGAAAGCGAAAUCAAACUGGGUGCUACGAUAUGUCAAAGGAGCCAUUGGAGAGACGGAUGUGCCUGAUGCUCUCCCAGAAUUCAUGAGUCAGCGUCGCCGAUGGCUCAAUGGAUCGUUCUUUGCUGCAACAUAUGCCGUUGCUCAUACCCCCCAAAUCUGGCGUUCCGGGCACAGUCUCUCGCGGAAAAUAAGUUUGACAGUUGAGACGAUGUACAAUAUCAUGAAUCUAACAUUCUCGUGGUUCAGCAUUGGAAAUUUUUACUUGUUCUUCGUCGUUCUAACGUCUUCUCUGGAAGAUAAUGCGUUUGGAGUACCUGGAAUCAAAUACCUUAAUUGGCUUAAUGCCAAUACCCUACAGUAUUUUCUGGCAUCCACCAUAAUAUCCCUAUUCUUCAUAUCUAUGAGCAUUAAACCCAAAACGGCAAAAUGGAAGUACAAGUCCUUGUCGAUUGCCCUUUGCAUCUGCAUGAUAUACAUGCUUACCGCAUCCGUCGUUUGCGCUAUGAAAGCAUAUUCACAAGGAGGUAGCGCUAAUGUCAUCAUGCUUUUCAGUGUGAUCAUCACUUUCGGCAUCUACGCUAUCAGCAGCGUGAUCGCAUUGGAUCCGUCACAUAUGUUGACCAGUUUCCUGCCAUAUAUGUUACUUUCUCCGACAUACAUCAAUAUUCUCAAUAUCUAUGCGUUCUCAAAUUUGGACGACAUUUCCUGGGGGACUAAACAGGAUGCCGAGGUUGAGCCGGAAGGGACGGUGGUGCGACCUACUGCUUCCCAGGUGGACCUCGAUUUCUAUACGGAAGCCUCAACAAAUGAGUUGUAUGAGGAGGCUAUAGCAAAUCUCAAGAAUCGAACUCCGGUCUCAAAGCCCAAGUCUACGUCGCUUUCUGAACAUGAGAAGGCACAAGCAGCUAAAGAGUACUAUGCAAGCAUACGCACCAAUGUUCUGCUCACUUGGGUUUUGACGAAUGGUAUUCUGUUGGCACUGAUAUUAGGAAGCGGCAGUGACACUACCGCCACUUUUAGCGAGGGAUACACUCGUGCCAAGACAUACCUGACCUUCAUUCUCGUUUUAACGACGUUCGCCAACUCUAUCCGCUUUAUUGCAUCUACGAUAUAUCUUCUCAUGACCCUCAUAACGGGGUAG